AUGUCGGUGAGGGUGCGGUUCCUGUCCUCUGGGGACCCUGGGGCCGUGGGGGUCGUGGGCCGGAGCGCCUCCUUUGCGGGCUUCAGCAGCGUGCAGAGCAGGAGGAUCGCGAGGUCCAUCCACAGGAACUCCGUGAGGCCACGAACGCCUGCCAAGUCCUCCAGGAUGUAUGGCACGCUGAGGAAGGGGCCCGUCUGUCCAGACCCCCGGCCGCAGCAAGUGAAGAAGAUCUUUGAAGCUCUGAAGAGAGGCCUCAAGGAGUCUCUGUGUGUCCAGCAGGCCGAGCUGGAUUACCUGUCUGGACGCCACAAGGACACCCGCAGGAAUUCCAGGCUGGCUUUCUACUACGACCUGGACAAGCAAACGCGCUCUGUGGAGAGGCACAUUCGGAAGAUGGAGUUCCACAUCAGCAAGGUGGACGAGCUGUACGAGGGCUACUGCAUCCAGUGCCGCCUGCGAGACGGCGCCUCCAACAUGCAGCGGGCUUUCUCCAGGGGCCCGCCCAGCCGCGCCUCCCGCGAGAGCCUGCAGGAGCUGGGCCGCAGCCUGCAGGAGUGCACGGAGGACAUGUGGCUCAUCGAGGGGGCCCUGGAGGUUCACCUGGGCGAGUUCCACGUCAGGAUGAAAGGCUUGGUGGGCUACGCACGCCUCUGUCCCGGAGACCAGUACGAGGUGCUCAUGCGCCUGGGCCGCCAGCGCUGGAGGCUCAAGGGCCGGAUUGAGUCCGACGACAGCCAGACCUGGGAUGAGGAGGAGCGGGCCUUCACCCCCACCCUGCACGAGAACUUCGAGAUCAAGGUGACCGAGCUGCGGGGCCUGAGCUCCCUGGCGGUGGGCACGGUGGCGUGCGACAUCACCGACUUCUUCCUGACCCGGCCGCAGGUCAUCGUGGUGGACAUCACCGAGCUGGGCACCAUCAAGCUGCAGCUGGAGGUGCUGUGGAACCCGUUUGACACCGAGAGCUGCCUGGUGUCGCCCGGGCCCACAGGCAAGUUCUCCAUGGGCAGCCGGAAGGGCUCCUUGUACAACUGGACACCCCCAAGCACCCCCAGCUUCCGGGAGAGGUACUACCUGUCUGUCUUGCAGCCUCCAGCACAGCAGAACUUGCUGCUGGGAGGCCCGAAGGCCUCCCUCCUCAGCUACCUGUCCACCAGUGACCUUCAGGGCCCCAGCCUGCGGAGCCAGAGUCAGGAGCUGCCUGAGAUGGAUUCCUUCAGCUCUGAGGACCCCCGAGACGCUGAGACCAGCACAACGGCAUCUACCUCUGAUGUGGGGUUCCUGCCCUCGGCCCUUGGCCCCAACACUUCCAUUGAAGAGGAGACCCCAGAGGACCCCCCACCCCUGGGCCUGCUGCCAGAGCUCACCCACCUGGCGGGAAACUCACUUGUGGAGCAGCCCAGCUGGAGGAAUUUGGGCAUGGAGCGCCCCAACCUGCCCCAGGGCACCCCAUUCCAUGGCCGCCCACUCUCUGGUGGCCAGAAAGGCCAUGAUGACGAAGAACCCGAGGACGGGGUGCAAGGGCUUGGGGCAACCCUUGAGCGGCCCCUGCAGGAGGUUCUGGAUUUACUGAGGUCCUCGGACCUUGCCCAGUCCCAGCUCCGGGAGCUGGAGCGCCAGGUCCUUGGCUUCAGGAACCGGCUGAAGCCCCGCGCCGCACCCCCGGAGCGCGCCUCUGCCGAGAGCUUGAUGGAAUGCAUCCUGGAGAGCUUCGCCUUCCUCAACGCCGACCUCGCCCCGCACGAGCUGUCCCUGUUUGGGGGCUCCCAAGGUCCCCGGAAGGACAGGACCCCACCCCCACCGCCAGAGCUGACUGCCCCCGGGGAGCUCGUCGCAGACACCCCCGAGCUAGACACGCUGCUCACCACCCACCUGCAAGUCUGCAGAGCUCUGAUGCAGAAACUGGCCUCGCCCAGCUUGUCACGGAUAGUGCGGGAAUGCCUUCUGGAAGAGGCAGGGCAGCAGACGCAGGUUCUGGAGACGCUCUCCGGGCUUGAUUUUGAGAAGGCCAGCCAGGCGAAGUCCAUUGAAGAGGUCGUCCCGCAGGCCACGCGGAGGAAGGGGUGCCUGAAGCUGUGGAGGGGGUGCACGCAGCCCGGCAGGGUCCUGUCCUGCCCAGCCACCACGCUGCUGAGUCAGCUCAAGAAAACCUUCCUGCACAGAGUCCGAGGGAAGCACCCGGGGCAGCUGGAGAUCGCGUGUCACAGGCUACUGGAACAGCUGCUCAGCUGCAGCGGGCUGCUCCCCGGGUCCGGGCCGCCCGAAGAACAGACGGUCACCUGGUUCCAGUUUCACGGCUACCUGCAGAGGCAUGGCGUUUCUGACCUGGAGAAGCACUUCGCCCAGCUCACCAAGGAAGUGACACUGGCGGAGGAGCUGCAGUGCCCGGGGCGGCUCAAGACCAUCAGGAAGCUGCAGGGGAAGAGGCUGGACCAGCUCCAGCCCCUGCCCCAGACGUUGAGCGCCUGGGCACUGCUCCAGCUGGAUGGGACCCCACGGGCCUGCAGGGCGGCCAGCACGCGUCUGACCUGUGCAGCCGGGAACAGGAGCUUUCGAGAAAAGGCUCUGCUCUUCUACACGGACGCCCUGAGCGGGAAGGACGCCAGGCUCCAGCAAGCCGCUUGUGUGGCGCUCAAACACCUCAGGGGCAUCGAAAGCAUCGAUCAGAUCGCCAGCCUGUGCCAGUCUGACCUGGAGUCCGUGCGGGCAGCAGCUCGGGACGCCACGCUGUCCUUUGGUGAGAAGGGACGCUUGGCUUUCGAGAAGAUGGACAAACUCUGCUCAGAACAAAGAGAAGCCUUCUGCCCGGAGCCAGAUGUUGAAAUCACAGUAUUUUAAAAAUCCUGAGCUGACUGACGUGCCUGAAUCUGGCGUUUUUGCUGCUGUUCAGCUUUGACAGGGCCUGAGCUCCGGGUCGGGGUGCGCUGAGCAGCCCCAACACAAGUGUUCGUGGGCCAGAGAUCGUGACUCCAACAAGCCACGGGCUUCUGCUUCGAGACCCACCUCCCUGGGGCGGAGCUGGGGUGGCCCAGUCGGCCACAGGCGCGGAGGGCCCAGGCUGAGGCCUGAAUGGAACAGCCAGAACGCGGGGCUGCGUACACGGCAGCUGGC